ACAGGGGACUGGACAGAGGCUGUUGUGAUCCUGAUCCCAGGGAGCUGAGGGGGCCAGGGCCAGGUUUCAGGGAGUUAAGAGGGCUGGGACUGGGGCCCCAGACCUGUGAAGGGGGCCAGGCUGAGUUGGGGGUCCCACAGGAUGAGUUGGGAAGGGCUUCAUUCCCGGGUUGAGCUCCCUGUUCUGCUCUGCCCUGGGCUGCAGAAAAAGAGCCGGGAGGAGUCGAGUGGCGAGGGCAGUGGCGUGGAGAUCCUGGCCAACCAGCCCUACACGGAUGGGCCAGGCGGUAGUGGGCAGUACACACACAAGGUGUACCACGUGGGCUCCCACAUCCCAGGCUGGUUCCGGGCACUGCUGCCGAAGGCCGCCCUGCAGGUGGAGGAGGAAUCCUGGAAUGCCUAUCCCUACACCCGAACCCGGUACACCUGCCCCUUCGUAGAGAAGUUCUCCAUUGAAAUAGAGACCUAUUACCUGCCUGAUGGGGGGCAGCAGCCAAAUGUCUUCAACUUGAGUGGGGCUGAGAGACGGCAGCGCAUCCUGGACACCAUCGACAUUGUGCGGGAUGCAGUGGCCCCAGGCGAGUACAAAGCAGAGGAGGACCCCCGGCUGUAUCGCUCUGCCAAGACCGGCCGAGGACCACUGGCGGAUGACUGGGCGCAGACGGCGGCCCAAACGGGGCCCCUCAUGUGCGCCUACAAGCUGUGCAAGGUGGAGUUCCGCUACUGGGGCAUGCAGGCCAAGAUCGAACAGUUCAUCCAUGAUGUCGGUCUGCGCCGGGUGAUGCUGCGAGCCCACCGCCAGGCCUGGUGCUGGCAGGACGAGUGGACGGAGCUGAGCAUGGCUGACAUCCGGGCCCUGGAGGAGGAGACCGCCCGCAUGCUGGCCCAGCGCAUGGCCAAGUGCACCUCGGGCAGUGAGGAGCCCGAGGCCCAGCCCUCCGGGAAGCCGGGCACUGAGGUCCGGGCUGGGGCCAGCCACGCCAGCACCCCCGACGGGCCGGAGCCUCCUGGCCCCGAUGCCUCCCCUGACGCCAGCUUCGGCAAGCAGUGGUCCUCGUCCUCCCGCUCCUCCUACUCGUCCCAGCACGGAGGGGGCGUGUCUCCCCAGAGCCUAUCCGAGUGGCGCAUGCAGAACAUCGCCCGUGACUCCGAGAACAGCUCCGAGGAGGAGUUCUUUGAUGCCCACGAAGGCUUCUCUGACAGUGAGGAGGUCUUCCCCAAGGAGAUGACCAAGUGGAACUCCAAUGACUUCAUCGAUGCCUUCGCCUCUCCCACAGAGGCUGAGGGGGCGCCAGACCCUGGAACCGAGGCCGCUAAAGGCAUUGGGGAUGGGUCCCGAGCAGCCAGGGAUUCGGAGGGCACAGACAGCACCGGGGAGCUGGGGGCCGAGGCCUGCGCGGUGCACGCCCUCUUCCUCAUCCUGCACAGCGGCAACAUCCUGGACUCGGGCCCCGGGGACGCCAACUCCAAGCAGGCUGACGUGCAGACGCUGAGCGUGGCCUUUGAGGCCGUCACCCGCAUCCACUUCCCUGAGGCCCUGGGCCAUGUGGCACUGCGCCUGGUGCCCUGCCCGCCCAUCUGUGCUGCCGCCUAUGCCCUUGUCUCCAACCUGAGCCCCUACAGCCAUGAUGGCGAUAGCCUGUCCCGCUCCCAGGACCACAUCCCACUGGCCGCCCUGCCGCUGCUGGCCACCUCAUCCUCCCGCUACCAGGGAGCCGUGGCCACUGUCAUUGCCCGCACCAACCAGGCCUAUGCCACCUUCCUGCGCUCACCUGAGGGCACUGGAUUCUGCGGGCAGGUGGUGCUGAUUGGGGACGGCGUUGGCGGAAUCCUGGGCUUCGAUGCACUCUGCCACAGUGCCAAUACGGGCACGGGGAGCCGGGGCAGCAGCCGCCGAGGGAGCAUGAACAACGAGCUGCUGUCCCCCGAGGUCGGCCCAGCGCGGGACCCCUUGGCAGAUGGAGUGGAAGGGCUGGGCCGGGCCAGCCCAGAACCCUCAGCCCUGCCUGCCCAGCGCACCCCCAGUGAUGUGGCCAGCCCUGAGCCCGAGGGUUCCCAGAACAGCCUGCAGGCCGCCCCAGCCACCUCCUCUGGGGAACCCUGGCGGGCCAGCACAGCCUCCUGCGCCCCUGCUGCUGGCUCCGAGGCGCCCGACAGCCCCACCAGCGCUGCCCGCCUUGACUUCAAGGUCUCUGGCUUCUUCCUCUUCGGCUCCCCACUGGGCCUGGUGCUGGCUUUGCGCAAAACCGUGAUGCCCGCCUUGGAGGUGGCCCAGAUGCGCCCAGCCUGCGAGCAGAUCUACAACCUCUUCCACGCGGCUGACCCCUGUGCCUCCCGCCUUGAGCCCUUGCUGGCCCCCAAGUUCCAGGCCAUCGCCCCACUGGCUGUGCCCCGCUACCAGAAGUUCCCCCUGGGAGAUGGCUCGUCCCUGCUGCUGGCCGACACCCUGCAGACCCACUCAGGCCUCUUUCUAGAGGAGCUGGAAAUGAUGGUGCCCUCAACGCCCACCUCGGCCAGCGGUGCCUUCUGGAAGGGCAGUGAAUUGGGCACUGAGCCACCUGCCCAGCCAGCUGCCCCCAGCACCACCAGUGAGGUGGUCAAGAUCCUGGAGCGCUGGUGGGGGACCAAGCGGAUUGACUACUCACUGUACUGCCCCGAGGCGCUCACGGCCUUCCCCACCGUCACGCUGCCCCACCUCUUCCACGCCAGCUACUGGGAGUCGGCCGACGUGGUGGCCUUCAUCCUGCGCCAGGUGAUCGAGAAGGAGCGACCCCAGCUGGCCGAGUGCGAGGAGCCGUCCAUCUACAGCCCGGCUUUCCCCAGGGAGAAGUGGCAGCGCAAGCGCACGCAGGUCAAGAUCCGGAACGUCACUUCCAACCACCGGGCAAGCGACACAGUGGUGUGCGAGGGCCGCCCCCAGGUGCUGAACGGGCGUUUCAUGUACGGGCCCUUGGACGUAGUCACGCUUACCGGAGAGAAGGUGGACAUCUACGUCAUGACGCAGCCGCUGUCCGGCAAGUGGAUCCACUUUGGCACUGAGGUCACCAACAGCUCAGGCCGCCUGGCCUUCCCGGUGCCCCCCGAGCGCGCGCUGGGUAUCGGCGUCUACCCUGUGCGCAUGGUGGUCAGGGGCGACCACACGUACGCCGAGUGCUGCCUGACAGUGGUGGCCCGUGGCACGGAGGCGGUGGUCUUCAGCAUCGAUGGCUCCUUCACCGCCAGCGUCUCCAUCAUGGGCAGCGACCCCAAGGUGCGCGCCGGCGCCGUGGACGUGGUCAGGCACUGGCAGGACGCGGGCUACCUGAUCGUGUACGUGACGGGUCGGCCCGACAUGCAGAAGCACCGCGUGGUCGCCUGGCUGUCGCAGCAUAACUUCCCCCACGGCGUCGUCUCCUUCUGCGACGGCCUCACCCAUGACCCGCUGCGCCAGAAGGCCAUGUUUCUGCAGAGCCUGGUGCAGGAGGUGGAGCUGAACAUUGUGGCCGGCUACGGGUCCCCCAAAGACGUGGCCGUGUACGCGGCGCUGUGCCUGCCCCCUAGCCAGACCUACAUCGUGGGCCGCGCUGUGCGGAAGCUGCAGGCGCAGUGCCAGUUCCUCUCCGAUGGCUACGUGGCCCACCUGGGCCAGUUGGAGUCAGGUUCCCACCCUCAUGCCCCUACGGGACCCCCGCGGGCCGCCUUGGCCAAGAGCAGCUACGGCGUGGGCGCCCCUGUGGACUUCUUGCGCAAACAGAGCCAGCUGCUUCGCACCAGAGGCCCCAGCCAGGCAGAGCGCGAGGGCCCAGGGACACCGCCCACCACCCUGGCACGGGGCAAGGCCCGCAGCAUCAGCCUCAAGCUGGAUAGCGAGGAGUGAGGCCACACUGGCCGGACAUGGGUUAUUUAUUCACACCCCGAGGGGCCCACAUGGCUGCGAACAGGAGGCUGGGGCCUAGCCUGCCGGCCCCACCCAGCCCACCAGCCCCACACCCUGCAUCCGUCUGCCCCUCUGUGUUUCCCCCUUUCCAUGUGGGGGACACAGCCCGGGGAGGGAGAAGGGAGUGGGGGUGGGCCCAGAGCCUUUCCAGUGUGUGUCCGUCCAUGAAAAUAAA